AUGGCCGGCGGGGCCGCGCAUCCGGGAGCCGAGCUGCUGGCCUUUGAGCGGUUCCUGGACUCGAGCCUGCAGCCUCUCGUCUACGGGUAUGGCCGGGGCAGCCUGCGUGAGCUCCGGGCGCGCGAGUUCGGCCGCCUGGCAGGAACUGUCUAUCUUGACCAUGCAGGAACCACGUUGUUCCCCCAGAGCCAGAUUACAAGCUUCAUGAAAGAUCUCAUGGAAAAUGUUUAUGGUAACCCUCACAGCCAGAACAUCAGCAGCAAGCUCACCCAUGACACAGUGGAACAGGUGCGGUUCAGGAUCCUGGCGCACUUCCACACCUCCCCGGAGGACUACACGGUGAUUUUCACCUCCGGGAGCACGGCUGCUCUUAAGCUGGUGGCAGAGGCUUUCCCGUGGGCGUCCCCGGGCCCGGAGGGCAGCGGCAGCUGCUUCUGUUACCUCACCGACAGCCACACGUCCGUGGUGGGCAUGAGGAAGGUCACCGCGGCCAGGAACGUCACCUGCAUCCCGGUCAGGCCAGAGGACAUGUGGUCGGCCGAGAGACAGGACGCGGCUGCGGCCGGGGACCUCCCCGGCCAGCCUCCGCAUCUCUUCUGCUACCCGGCUCAGAGUAACUUUUCCGGGACCAGAUACCCGCUGUCCUGGAUACGCGAGGUCAAGUCCGGGCGGAGGCGCCCAGCGAGCCGGCCCGGGCAGUGGUUCGUGCUGCUGGACGCGGCCGCCUUCGUGGGCACCUCGCCGCUGGACCUGUCGGUUCACCAGGCCGACUUUGUCCCCCUGUCCUUCUAUAAGAUCUUUGGCUUCCCCACCGGCCUGGGCGCUCUGCUGGCGAAUAACCGUUCGGCUGCUCUGCUGAGGAAAACCUACUUCGGAGGAGGCACGGCCGCUGCGUACCUCGCGGGAGACGACUUCUACGUCCCGAGAGAGUCGGUGGCUGAGAGGUUUGAAGAUGGCACCAUCUCCUUCCUUGAUGUGAUAGCACUAAAACAUGGAUUUGAUGCCCUAGAGCGCCUCACAGGUGGGAUGGAGAGCAUCCGGCAGCACACGUUUACCCUGGCUCAGUACACCUACGCUGCCUUGUCUUCCCUGCGGUACCCCAACGGAGCCCCUGUCGUGCAGAUUUACAGUGACUCUGAGUUCAGCAGCCCGGAAGUGCAGGGUCCCGUCAUCAGCUUCAACGUGCUCGAUGACCACGGGAACAUCGUUGGUUACUCCCAGGUGGAUAAAAUGGCCAGCCUUCACAACAUCCAUGUGCGAACUGGCUGCUUCUGUAACACCGGGGCCUGCCAGAGGCACCUGGGGAUAAGCGAUGAGAUGGUGAAGAAGCAUCUUCAGGCUGGUCAUGUCUGCGGAGAUGAUGUGGACCUCAUAGAUGGGCAGACGACGGGCUGUGUGAGGAUUUCUUUUGGAUACAUGUCUACGCUUGAGGAUGCCCAGGCCUUCCUCAGGUUCAUCAUAGCAACCCAACUGCGCCCGUCUCAUGGCCAGCCUCUCCCUCUGGCCACCCCGGGCGAGGCUGGAGCCCCGCCUGGAGACAGCGAGGCUCAGAACGCCGUGCCUGCCACCCAGGUCAGAGGUAGCCCCUCACCUCAGCAAGACGCUUCCCCACACUCCGGGGUUUGGAACAACUCACCCACCGCUUUCAAUGCAGAGGAUCUGUGUCCGCCCCUGCUGGAGGCCACCGGACCCCAGCAGACCACUUUAGAGAAAGCUGCUGACGUCCCAGAUGGGGACCUCAGGUCACACGUCGUCACCAACCUUUACCUCUACCCAAUCAAGUCCUGUGCGGCAUUUGAGGUGACCAGGUGGCCUCUAGGAAGUCAAGGGCUGCUGUAUGACCGAAGCUGGAUGGUUGUGAAUCACAACGGCAUUUGCCUGAGUCAGAAACAGGAGCCCCGGCUCUGCCUGAUCCAGCCCUUCAUUGACCUGCAGCGGAGGAUCAUGGUCAUCAAAGCCCAAGGGAUGGAGCCUAUAGAGGUGCCUCUUGAGGAGAACAGUAAGCAAGUUCAGAUUUGCCAAAGCAAAGUCUGUGCGGACAGGGUAAACACAUAUGAUUGCGGAGAAAAAAUUUCCAACUGGCUGUCAAAGUUUUUUGGCCGUCCCUAUCAUUUGAUCAAACAAAGUUCAGACUUUCAAAGAAAUGCAAAGAAGAAACAUGGCAAAGAUCAGUCUGCUCAUACGACAGCCGCCCUUUCUCUGGUGAAUGAGGCACAAUAUCUGCUGAUAAACAGAUCCAGUAUUUUGGAACUUCAGCAGCAAUUAAGCACAAGUCGUGAGAAUGGCAAAGAAGAAUUAUUCCCAAUGAACAAUCUCAUCUCACGUUUCCGUGCCAAUAUUAUUACCAAUGGAACAAGGGCUUUUGAAGAAGAGAAAUGGGAUGAAAUUUCAGUUGGUUCCUUGCGUUUCCAGGUUUUGGGACCUUGUCACAGAUGUCAGAUGAUUUGCAUUGAUCAGCAAACUGGACAACGAAAUCAAGAUGUUUUCCAAAAGCUUUCUGAGAGGCGAGAGAGAAAGGUGAAAUUUGGAGUGUACCUGAUGCAUACAUCUUUGGAUUUAUCUUCUCCAUGUUACCUCUCCGUAGGAUCUCAGGUGCUCCCUCUGCUGAAAGAAAACAUAGAACACCAUGAUAUACCUGCUACCGAGAAAUCUUAGGAUGCUAUCUCCUAAAUUUUUUUCAGAAUAUUAAAGUUUCUCUUUUACCCUCUUCAUUCUUUUUUUCUUCCAGUUUUAUGGAGAUAUAAUUGACACACAGCACUGUGUAAGUUUAAGAUGUACAGCACAAUGAUUUGACUUACAUACAUCCUGAAAUGAUUACCACAUACGUUCAGUGUGUGUGUGUUUAGUUACUCAGUCAUAUCCGAUUCUUUGUGACCCCAUGGACCAUAGCCUUCCAGGCUCCUCUGUCCAUGGAUUCUCCAGGCAAGAAUACUGGAGUGGGUUGCCUUUCCUUCUCCAGGGGAUCUUCCCAACCUAGAGAUUCGAACCUGGGUCUCUUGCGCAUUGGCAGGCCAGCUCUUUACCACCGCGCCACCUAGGAAGCCCCAAGUUCAGUGCACCGUCUUAUGUAGAUGUAUU